AUGUUCUUUUUCAUAGUAAAAAUAAAAAAUAAUAACAUACAAACUUCAUAUAUAUCAAAUAUUAUCAAUAGUUUAAAUUUGACAAUAUCUACAGAAUCAUUAACAAAUGAAACCAAUAAAUAUAGUUUAUAUUUUACUUAUUCAAGCCUAAUUUAUUCCAAUAAAACAUUAGAAACAAAAAUUCAAUGUCUAGGUCCAUUAUAUAAUCAAUCAUGUUUGUUUAAAAAUCUAUAUUAUGUUGAUAAUACAUUUACGAUUUUAACAAUAAAAGGAAGUUAUAUACCUGAAUUUUAUAUUCGAACAGAUGCAUUUAAUCUAUGGCCUAUAGUAUUAAAAAAACGUGAAUUUGAUUCAUAUUUUCAUCUUGAAAUAUUUGUUCGUAAUAUAACUAAUCCACGAAGAAUUCCAUAUGUUACUGUAUAUUUUGGUCAACCAUGGCAUCAUAAUAUUGGUCAUGCACUUUUUGAUGGACUCUAUUCAGCUUAUGUUGCAUUAAUUCGAUUUUCUCCUAGACAUCUUUAUCCAUUUCGUAUUCUUGCCGGUAUAGAUGAAUGUAAUGGAUGUUGGAGUGAAGAUGUUUAUGGUCGUUUUGGUGGUCUUGGAAUUAUUAAACAAUCUGUUUUAAAUAAACUUUCAAAAGGACGAUGGUUUAUAUUUGAUGAAAUUAUAAUGGGUAGUGGAACUUUUUGUCAACGUUGUACGCAACCUAAUCUACAAUUACCUGGUGGUGUUGAAUUAAAUGCUUCAAGACUUUUUCGUGAUCGAAUGUAUCAACAACAUGGUUUUAUUCAUUCACUUAUUCGACGAAAAUCUUCAUCGGAAUAUCGAACAUCUCAUGAUAUUCUUCAAGCAUAUGUUAUUCAUAAUAAACGUUUUACAGCAAAUGAUCGAAAAGAAAUUAACAAUGCAAUUAAUGAAAUAAACAAUUAUACUAAUUCUCAGAUAAAUACAAGUAAAUUAGAAUGGCCAUUAAUUCAUGUUUCAUAUCUUUAUUAUAAUCAAGUUAAAGCACAAAAUAUGAAUUUAACGCAAAUCAAUGCAACACUAAGUGAUUCUCGAUCACCAACAUAUGAAUUAAUUGAGAAUGAUUUUAUUGCUCAAUUGAAAAUUUUACGUCAAAUGGAUAUUCAUAUAACUGGACCAGGUACUGGUCAAAUGUAUCAAACAUUUUUAUCUGAUGGAUCAGUUUCAAUUAAUCUUGGAGGUUUAAGACCACAAGGAUUAGAAAAUACAUCAAAAGCAUAUGCUUCAUAUCUUGAACAACAUAUGACAAGUGGUACA